CAGAUACAAUAAAGGACAGUCUUCAUACAUGGCUGAAAAAAUGGAUUUACUGGAAGUCAGAAAAAUGAAUGUAGCCAUGAAAGAUGGAGAGUUGAGAGAAGAGAGCAGGACCACCACUGAAACAACACCAUCAGAAAAACCACAGUUGGAUGAGAUGUGCCAUCACGUUUCAUCCAAAAGUGCACAGAGUAAAUCAGCGGGUUUGUCUCAUCUUAUCGAUGGUUUAAAUGCUAUCUUUGUAUGUUUUAUACUCUGUAACAACUGUUUCAAGGGUGGUUCCAGUUUCCUAGAGAGUGUGUUUGAAUGGAGAUUAUGUAUUUCUGGCUGCUAAAUGUGAAACUGUAUAUUUAUCUAUUCAAGUAUUUUCAAGUAUUUAAGAUUUUGGUGGCCAGAUGUACGUAAUACAAAAGUGCCUGCAGAGAGUCAUCAUUCUUUAAAAUAAUACAAAUGUAAAAAAAUAUGAAUGAAUUGUAAAAAGGUUUUUUCAAUUUUAAAUGAAGACGCCUAAUUCUGGUAGUAAAAAUCUUUGAAAAAAUUAAAUGGCUUGAUGAGUAUUCAAACCACACCUCUUAUGACGCCUGACAUCUCAAAGUCACGAUCCAUCCACCAGAAGAUUCGUAUGAGAAAAAUUGGUGGAACAAGACAAGGCUUCUUCAAUUGAAAGGCUUCUUCCUCUAAACUUGACAACUGAGGCCGCAAAUGACUGAGGAACUUCCCUGGUGGUCGCUGACAGCUUUGACGUAUAUCCCUGGGUGUCUGGCUACAGAAAUGACUGAGGGGAAAAAAGCAAAAACACAAAAAAACAAAAACAAAAAAUGCAAAACUGGUUAACGACUGAUUUCGCCUACAACAUUCUCAUGUGCUGCCAGCAGCAGGAACAACGAUGAUACAAGAAUUGCCAGUGAUGGUCAAACGUUCAUACCGGACUUACACCAAGUGGUUUAAGAAUACUUAUCAAAUCAUAUUAGUUGUGCAGUGCUUGAAGUGGGACGGUACUCACCGCUAUGCAGUACUGGCAAUUCUAUGCUAUGCUGUUCAUAGUAGCGGGGGGACACGCUGGGUAUUGUGCGCGGCACAGUGGGUGACUUUCACUUCAAGCACUGAAUACUAAAAUAACUUUAUAAGAGUGAACACUUUCUGGAGGUAUACUCUAUUCAAGCUGCAUUCUGCAUUUGUUUAAAUGGAACCACCGUUAAAGACACAAUUCAAUAAAAAACUACAACAAAAUGAGCAGUGAUCACUAAAAAAAAAAAAAAAAACGUUUUCUCUGUCGACUUCGUUUGGAUUGGAUUUCAGCGGACGCGGCGGUCACACAAUGCAAUCGAAAAAAGCGGUCCAACGGCGUGUCUGCACACAGGAAAAGAAUUGCGAUACAGUAAGUGUAUCAACAUUUGGUAUCAGCUUAAAAGGACAGUUCUGCUGUAUGCUAAUGUGUCAGUAGCCCAUGCUGCAAUGGAUUUGUGAUGGAUGAAGAUAAACUCUCCAGUCAAAGAUAGAUAUGCCAAAUAAGGCCAUUAUUUAUGUGGAAACCUUUGCGGAAAUCAUGAAUAUUGGAGAACUUCUAGCAACACGCAAGCCACACUGUCAAUGUGUCAAUGAAUAAUGCUCAUAUUGGCACAUCUUUCUCAUCACAACUUGUCAGUUUACCAAUUUGUCACAGUCACAUGUGUGAUAUGGAAACUAAGUGGAUUUAUCAAUGUCAUGCAUUGCAUGGCACUAUAAGGCAAAAGUAGAAUGGAGGAAGAAAUCCUAGAAGAUUAUUUCAAGAGUUUUUGGAGGGAAGUUGUCAGAUCAAGAAUUGUUGUCAUUGUAAGGAUCAAUAUUACACGUGGCCUAUUAGAACAAACCCGAAGAAACCUUCAUUUUGAUGCAAAUGCCUGAGAUGAUGACAGCACAUGGAAUUUUCUUCAGGAUUUGUCUCAAAGGGAUGUUUUUAAUCAGCUUAAUUGGUAACUGCGUUCUGAUGGUCAUAUGUAUCCAAAAGCGUCCACCAAAAAAUAUCGGAUGGGAUUCUUCUUCUGUUUUGAAGAAAAUGAAGAGCAGCAUUUAUUAUGCACAUCGUAAUUCAUUUUACUUGAGGAAAUGUUCUGCUUCUGCUUUCAUGGAUUCCAAUGUCUACAUCGUUAACCUGAGAAGAAUAGUGGACGUUGUGGCAGCAUGGGCACUGAACAUUUUCUCUUCUACUUGUUCUCAAGAACAUGCAAAGGAGAAGACACGUCAAGAAACACGACCGCCCAAACAUCCACACCGCCUUCCACGUUCCGCGUAUCAAACAAAAAACACAAAAAACAGAAGACCGUUUCAAGGCAAGUACAGUUCUCAUGAGUGAUUAUCAACAAAAGAAUAUAUGUAAACAUUAUUACAAAUAUUUUCACAGCAUCAUCAAAGAUGCAAAGACCUCUUCUGAAUAUGCAGUCCCAGAAGAAAACUCUUCUGCCAAAAGCCUGAAAGUCUGUGACAGAAGUCCUCGGUGUGAUUCAGCUGAAGUGUGUUUUCAUGAAAUUAAUCAGAACGCUGGGCCUUCUGCGGUGAAGAAUGACACAACACAACAGAACAUACGAGAUAUUGACGAGAUUGCCUUACAUUCUGGCAAAGAGCAGCCAUCUCUCAAAUCACCAAAGAGGCCUUUAUUUAAUGGUCCACCUGAAGAUGGGACUUUCAUUGUGGGAAAUGGCAAAAAAAAGAGAAAAAGUGACAACAGUCAGCCCGUGGACAACAAAAGGCCUGAGAUCAACCAAGAUUUGGAGGACAAAGAGAACAAUACAUCCAAUCGCGAGGGGAACGAAAACAAGCCACACAUCAACCUGUCAUUCGAGUCAGAGCAAAUGAAAGAGAAGAGGUUUUUGUAUGAGAUUCCUGAAACAUUUGCUCAAAAUUCAGAAGACGGAAACUCCACUGCAAAAAUGCCGGAUCAGCCGUUUGGAGUGCGUACGUCCUGGGAAGAGUUUGCUAUUCAAAAAAUUGAAAACCUUGCUGAUGGGAGCAUCGAAGACCUUAACAGUAACAACAGUGUACCAAUCACAAUCAGAAUAAGCGACUUUUUCCACUAUGCCAAAAUAAUUGCUUUUCUCUUUGCUUGGUACGAACAGGAAAAGCAGGACAGGCGGGAUAUCAUCUUUAUAGUUGGUAGAUUCUCAGUACGGUUGCAAGCAAGCAAUUUAUACUGUUGUCCAGUCAAAAAAGAUGAGCAAGAGAUACAAGUUAACGAUAAAAAACUCUCUUAUGCAACAUUGAAACUAUCGCAAAAAAUUGCUAAAAACUAUUCUGAGACGAUUUGGAACUACAUGACGGGGAACCAUGACAAAGUUGAAUCUUAUGUACUGACACCUCAAGACGCCAUUGCAGUAUGCGCCGUUUUGUUCUCCGAAGUUAUUAGGUAUCCUAGAAUGUUUUUCCACAACAUUCUUCUGAUGGAGUAUUAUAAAUCAUGGAGUGAGUUUUGUGACUAUCAUCCCAUGGUAACAGGAGGUUCAUGGAAACAUCAGAGCAAAGAUAAAGUUCCAGGAAAGGUUUUACAGAAAGAGCAAGAAAACCUUUUAUUUUGUGCUAAGAAAAUAAUGAGCGAUGAGGGAAAAAGAAGCAAUCUUUUCAAAGUCACGUCCUCAGUUUGAACACUGGAGGACACUCUCAUUGGGUGGCUCUUUUUCAGAUAGGCUUCUGGGGUAUGGGAGCUGAACACGCAGCAACCCUCGAGGUUUUCAUCAAAGAGAGUCACCCAAUGUAUUUAUUGUUUUAUUUAAUAUUUAUAUAUUUUUAUGUGUAUAUAUUUAUAUUAAAUAUGUUAAUAAAUAUGAUUUAUUGA